CGGGUUUAAACCACAACAGAAGGGAAAGGAAAUCUUUAGAAAUAUCAAAGCAUCUGGCUAAGGUGGUGUGAGAUGUUUUGUUUUCACAAGGCAGCGCUGUUUCCUUUGGAUGUCAGGUCAUUACACUGAGAAAAAAAAACCAAACAGUAUAGUAUUUACUGAUGUGUUAUGAAGCCAACCACAAUAAUAGAAACAAAAUGGCUUUUUCCAUAUCAAGACGAGACAUUUCAUCACUGCGGAAAUGACAGCGUUGUUGGUGAAAAACACUGACAAGUGAUGCAGGAAGACUGACAAGAGUCUCAUUUGUGCUUUUUUUUUUGAGGUUUAUUAAUUCAGGACCCUGCUAUAUGACUUAAAUCCACAGGGCCUCUAGGUUUGGGGAACAAGUUGGUAAGACCUCAAGGGCAAUCAAUCCUUAUUCCUUAAAGCCUGUGGAUUUAAUAACUGGGCUGGUAGAGAUGAUAGACAGUGCCUGAUUCGCUGUGUUUGGGGUAUAACUCACAUUUCAGCUAAGGCUCAGCAAUCCAAAGGUCAAGGAGACCAAUUUAUUGCUGCAUGGUGCAGGGCCAUCGGAGAUUAGCUGUCACUUGGGGAAUAUAAACAGGUCUAGAGUUGGGGUAGGCAGUCAAAGGCAGCUGAAUGCAGCGUGCCAAAGGCUGGGGGAGCUUAGGAAAAGACUGGUGCCAUUUGCAGCCCACGCCUGGCUCCUAUUUUCUUUUACUGUAGGCAUUUGGUCUCAGCUGUAGCCAGAGGACAUCAGUUAAACAUCGUCUGUACAUUGCCCAUGAGAGCAGGCUGUGCUGGGGAGACCUGAGGUAGGAAGAGUGCAGGUGACUGAAGCCCAGGACAUCAUCCCUUCCUGCAUGCAGUCAUGCUCACAACGUUGGGGUACCUAAACCCCAGAGAGGCCAGACUCUUCCCAGAUGCUGCAGGACGCUGUAGGUUAUGAAAACACAGGGGUCUUUAGUGCUUGUGUUUUCUCUUGGCACAGAUAUGCACCCGUUGGUACAAUUAAGCAGCAGGUGACCCAAAUGAAAUAAAUACUCAGGGCACAAACCCCAUAACGUCAACCCAGGCUUUGAUUCAGCAAACUGCUACCAGGUGGCCUCCAUCUUCAGCCACUGGGUACCAGGUCACCCAAGCAUGGCCACCCAGAUGUUCGAGGGGAGAGGGCACGCAGCUGUCUACCAGAAAUACAGGUUUGCACCAGGUGAAGAGCUGCAGCAAACCAUCCUCACCUACUUGAAGGAAAAGAGGGCGAACACUGCUGAGCUGGUGGUAGAUGUUGGUUGCGGGACUGGACAAGGCACCCGCUUCCUUGCAGAGCACUUCAAGAAGGUGGUGGGAACAGACAUCAGUGAAGCACAGAUUCAGGAGGCUAGGGAUGCCCCCUCCCUGCCCAACGUGUCCUACCUUGUGUGCCCUGCGGAGGAGCUGCCAUUUGAAGAUGCCUCGGUGGAUGUCCUGACGUCAUUUACGGCUGCGCACUGGUUUGAUAUCGAGAAGUUCAUGAGAGAAGCAAACCGGGUGAUGAAACCAGGUGGUUGCGUGGCCAUCAGUACCUACACCGUGGACAUGAGUCUGCGCUAUGGAAACUGCUCUGAAAAACUGACCAAAGUCUUCAGGGAGACCUGGGACCUGAUUUUAAAAUACUCUCACAAUAGACUAAAAAUCGUCUUGGAAGACUACAAAGAGGUCUUUGAGGCCUUGCCGUUUCCAGACAAGAAGAGAAUCACUGAUAUCUUUGACAAAAUUCCCAUGACGAUUGCUGGUGUGGUUGGUUACAUGGAGUCUGCCUCUCCAUAUCAAGCCUUUAUGAAGAAUGACCCCAAAGCUGCAACAUCCCUCCUUCAGGAGACUGAAAAGAAGAUGAUGGAGACAAUGGGAGUUUCUUCUCCUGAAACCCCAGUGGAGUUCUGGGUGAGGCAUGUCUGCGUGCUGGGGUGCAAAGGACAGUGAGAAGAAACCCUUCUGACCUGGUGCUAGAAGGGAAGGAAGCAGUGGGCUGUCUCCUAAUACCCCACUUGUAACCAUUCUUAUUCUUCGGGUAGUUCGAUGCUUAUUUUGCUGAUUAAAAUUUUGAUCUUCUGUGGGAAGCAGACAGUUUAUGCCUGCUCUGGGGUUCCUGUCCACCUUGGUCCUCCAGUUGGCCCAGUGCUGUGCCCUCAGCACUGCAAAGGUCCAGUUUCAUACUGGUGGUGGUUGGAUUGCACAGGGGGAUGAGAAUCACAGUAAUAGCUGAGAAACUUGCUGCAUUUCUUACACUAUAAUAAUAAAAAAAAGGCUGAG